GGAAACGCCCACACCGCCGGCUCGUCUUCUCCCGAACCCGAACCCACCCUCCCCGAUUCAAACCGUCGCCGCCGUCGCCGAGAGAGUCGUGACUCCCCCCAGCGGCGGCCUGCGACCACCCGUUACCCAGCCGUCCCUUCUCCGCAGACAGCAUUUGCGCCCACCCCGUCCCGUCCCGUCCCCUCUCCCUCGCGGAGGCCCGAGAGCUUUGAGCUGCCUCGGUUAAGUCGUCGAGUGGUCCACAGGGCCGCCGCCGCGGCGGCGGUUACAAAGCGGGGAGGGAAUUCCGGCGCGGGAUGCCGCGAUCCCGCUGCGAUGCGCGGAUCAGAAUAUGGGUGUGACCCAACCGGGAAGUAGUGGACACUGCUGGUGGAGGACUAGGGCCUGGAGUGGGAGGGAGCUGCGGCCGCGACGAUGUACGUCGCGCGGGAGUCUACCAAGCUGUGGAGGAGGGUGUGCGCGGAGACGACGGCGGAGCUGCAGCUCCUGCUCCAGAAGUGGCAACUGCUACUUGCAGGGUUGGUAUUUCAGUAAUGGAUGAUUUUGGAGAUUUACGCAAUCGUUUUGCCUAUAACUAGUACAUCCAUGGAUUAGCUGCUCGAGGAGUGCAUUACUUGCAUCAGCCCGGACCACUGCUCCAGGACUUGGGAUUUAUGGCCCUUCCAGAGCUUGGCCAAGAGAAAGGUUAUCUUAGUGAAAGCGUUUUCACUUUCAUCUUCAUUUCCUUUCUGUUGUGGAGUUUUCACCCUUUUAUUUAUCAUAGCAAACGUUUCUACACUGUUCUACUAUGGCGAAGGGUGCUGGCAUUUCUAGUGGCUUCGCAGUUUUUAAGGAUUAUGACAUUCUAUUCCACUCAACUUCCUGGUCCCAAUUAUCACUGCCGUGAGGGCUCAAAACUGGCCACUCUCCCACCACCAAAUAAUGCACUUGAAGUGCUCCUGAUUAACUUUCCUCGUGGAGUGCUUUUUGGUUGUGGUGAUCUGAUAUUUUCAUCUCACAUGAUCUUCACUCUGGUUUUUGUGCGCACAUACCAUAAAUAUGGCUCAAACAGGUUGAUUAAGCUCCUUUCUUGGUUUAUGGCUGUAAUUCAGAGUCUUCUUAUAAUUGCUUCUCGCAAGCACUACACUGUCGAUGUUGUUGUUGCUUGGUACACGGUUAAUUUGGUUGUAUUUUUUGUUGAUAACAAGCUGCCAGAAAUGGCAGACCGUACAAAUGGAUUGUCUCUGCUUCCAGUAAGCACAAAGGAUAAAGACGGCAGGAUGAAGGAAGAACUCCAUAAACUUGAGAAGGACGGGAGGAUGAUGGAUGAGUUCCAUAAAUUGUUAAAUGGAAACUCUAUCGAUGCUACAGAUUGGCGACAACGAGUGCAGAUGAAUGGAAAGCACGGAGAAGACACGAGCCACACUGUCGCUGAUGCCACCUCUGCUGGGACAUGACCAGCAGCAUUUCUCUGUCAAUAUCGUCUUCAAUAUCCACAGAUGGAAUCUGCGAGCAAAAAGAAAAUUGUGUGGUGUGCUGCCUCUAUCAUUGUGUGAUGAAAGGCUUCUCAGGUACCCGCGAGGUUGCGACAUUCAUAACAGAGCGUUUUGUUGUGCUUUCCAUGGCACGAUGACAGUCUGUUGAAGUAGUAACGGAAUCAGGACCUUUUCGGCUUUUCUAUGAGGCCGCAGCUACAGUUUUGCAUCCUUCAGACGUUUCAGUGUCGAUGAUGUUAGAGAGGGAGAUUGAUGUUUGAUGUAAAUAUUGAUUAGAUUCAGCUGUGGCAAUGGGUAAUGAACGACUAACUUAUGCUGAUUGGUAAUUUAACGUGAGCAGCUGUUAUGACCGC